AGAAGGCGCUGAGCUCUUUCAGGUGCAUAUCCAGCAUCGCCCAGCCUCACCCAUUCCGGAGCCAGAGGUUGUGCGCAGCACUCGAAUGUACACACACACACACACACACACACACACACACACACACACACACACCCUCUGCGCGGCUUUUCUGAGUGUUACGGCGCCCUCCUCCCGCCCCCACACAGCGCGGGCGGGGACCCACCGGUUCCGCUCUGCACUAGCUGCUGUGAAAGCAGGACCCCCGGGAGCGGGAUCCCGGCGUCCGGUCGCCCAACCCUGUUCAGGCUUAGGCCCGCAUGGAGGGGACUGCGGAGUCCCAGACGCCUGACCUGCGAGACGUGGAGGGCAAGGUGGGCAGGAAGACCCCUGAAGGGCUGCUCCGCGGGCUGCGAGGCGAGUGGGAGACGGGAACCUCUGGCGCCCUGCUGCUCCCGGGGGCGCCUAGCACGGGCCACAGCCUGGGGGACAAGAUCAUGGCGCUGAGGAUGGAGCUGGCUUACCUGCGAGCCAUCGAUGUGAAGAUCCUACAGCAGCUGGUGACCUUGAACGAGGGCAUUGAGGCAGUGCGCUGGCUGUUGGAGGAGCGGGGGACGUUGACCAGCCACUGCAGCAGCCUCACCAGCAGCCAAUAUAGCCUGACAGGCGGGAGCCCAGGCCGUUCAAGGCGAGGCAGCUGGGACAGCCUGCCAGACACCAGCUCCACUGACCGGCUGGACAGUGUCUCCAUUGGCAGCUUCCUGGACACAGUGGCCCCCAGCGAGCUGGAUGAACAGGGCCCCCCCGGGGCUCCCCGUCCCGAGAUGGACUGGGCAAAGGCUAUACCCGGUGGGGAGAGGGCCAGGACUGAGGUGGACCUGACAGCCACCAGGCUAGGAAGCUUGAGGGCUGUGUGGAAGCCCCCAGGGGAGGGGCUCCAAGGUGGACCUUCUGAGCCACCAGAGGAUGAGAGUACCAAGCUGGGCUUUGAGACCCACUGGUACUGGGGCCAGUGCCAGGAUGAUGUGACCUUCCUGUAACAACUCUUCCACCCUUUUGUUCUCCUAUGGCUCUUUCAUCGCUAGGCCCUGGUCUCCCUCAAAUUUAUUCUCCCUCAAUCUGGGAUUAGGAAGAGGCUGCAUUGAGAUCAGUUACCAUGGAAACCUGGCCUCACCAUCUCUCUGGUCCCUGGGGAGGCUCUGCCUUUAUCCUUCAAUUAUUGGGUCCCUAGAGCUAUUUUCAUGGAUACAUUGACUCUAGAGGCUUGACCUGUGGCUCCAGGUGUGAUGGUAUCUCUUCCCCUUUCCUCCCAACUGGGAUUUGAUGGUUUAGCAUCCCUACGAGAUCACUGAUGAAGAGAUGGGGGUAUAAUUGCCUCACCCAACAUCUAGGAGCCUCGGCUCCCCUCUUGGCCAAGAUGGAGGAUUGUGGAGGGACAUGGACAUUCAAGGCCAACCCUCUAUGGAUUGGCCCUCCCAGAAGCCUUUGGGGUUGGUAGAGCCACCCCUUCCUGCCUGGUGAGUGAUGUCAUUUCCUGCCAGGAUGGAUUAGCCUUUCCUCUGUACCAGUCUUUUAGUGAUGAUAGGUCAGUAUAGGGGUGUCUGAGCCCCUGCUGCUAAGUGAGACCAUAUCAUUUAUUCUCCCUACCAUUACUUCUUGUGAAUGGGAACGUACCACCCUCCUCACAGGAAAGUUUCUCAGUCAGAUGUUUGUACUUCUUCUCAGAGAGGUUCUUAGUAUUUAAACAGGGAGUUCUCAUUUUAUCCUAGGGAUUCUCACUUCCUCUCUGACCACACGCCUGUCUGCUGCCAGCAUUCCUAUAUCUGUGCUUUUAGGGAGGAAACUGGCAGGAGCCUCCAACUACAGCUCUCAAAAGUCUGUUUGGCCUGCCCUGCCACAGUCCCCUGUCUUACUCUGUCCCUGGGUUGCCCCCAUUCUUGUAUUCUGGCUCCAAAUCUGUCUGUCAGGAGGUUCAGCCUUUGUGUUUCCACACCUUCUCGGUUUCCACUUUGGGCCUCAUACCUUUUAUAUGCAGAUGAGUCCCUCAGCCUUCUCUCUCCAAAGCUGAUGGGAGCCAGAGGGAGGAGAAGCUUGGGGUGUACCAGAAUCUCCGAAAGGGGGAGGUAUCUUCUCAGAUCCUGUGAUUCCCCUGCCCCCAUCCUGCCCCAGACCUUCCACCAUUGGUUACUAGGAUGCCUGCCUGAGGCCAGGACACAAGGAAUCCCCUUGUCUGGGUUACAAUGGGGGGUGUGGCAGAGAAAGACAGAGGCUCUUUGGUCCUAGGGCCCACAUCCUGGGAGGGGGGAGAGUAGGAGGGAAAGGCUGCUUUCCUUCCUCCCUUAGAGCAAGCUUUAGACUCCCGGGACCUGCAGAGGGAGCAGGGCACUGGCUCUGGGCCUGGGUCCCAGGGCCCUAGUGAAUUACACCAAAGGAGGGACUCAGGGAACCUGCCAACCUGGGGCUCAGGGAGGAGACAGGCCCAGAGAGAGGGUGGGGACAAAGGCUGUGGCUGAUGUCAGAGUAUGAAUUAUUGGAGAUUAACUCUUUGAACCCCAGGUAACUGCCCCUAUGUUGGUCCCUGUCUUUCCUGGGCCCUGAAACUAGAUUAUUGGAAGGCAAAAAGGAGAAAAAAGGAUGUCAGGUAAUCCUUGCCUAUUUGCUGUGCCCUCGUGAGUUGGAGGAGUCUUCCUCAAAUCCUGGAAUAACUCCAGUUUCUCUACUUUUCAUUCUAUGCUGAGGAAGGGACGGAAGCCAAGUUGAUUAUCUCCAGUUCCCCUAAACUCCUCAAGUCUGGUUCUGCAACCCCCCACCCCAAUCCUUUUGGGGCAAUACAUUUCCUCCUCUCCUCUCAAAGUGAUUGAAAUCUCUAAAGAAUAUCCGUUAAGUCUCUUCUUUGCUGCCCACCAGCCCUCUCCUUACCCCUCUGGGUCUUGGGGCUCCUGACCUCCCCUCAGGCUGGGAAUUCAAAUAUCCUUUCCCAAUACCCUGACUCUGUUGCCAUUUUUUGGUGACUUAUGGGUAACUACCUUUCCACGUGGAACCCUUGUAUUCCUUUUCGAAGCUUUCUUAUUCAUUUAAUCUACAAACUUCUGAGCUGAAGAGGUUGUCCGCCCUCUUGUGACCAUUAUGCACCAUUGCUGGAAUAGCUGGGUGAAACCUUCAGGCUCAAAUAUAACCUUAAAGAAGACCAGCCCUCUCAUUGCACAGACAGGUUAGACAGACAGGCCUACAGAAGGCAGAGACUUGACCAGUGUCACCCAUGGUAAAUCUGUGACAAUGCUCAGGUUAAAGAACCCAGAUCGCCUGCCUGCCAGCCUGUCCACCCACAAUUCCAUCACUUGACCAGACUGUUUCCCCACCCCACCCUGUCACCACCCAAGCCCAAAGGAUCUGAAAGCAAUUUUCUCCCUGUUUUAAUAGGUUCUUACCCCACCCUAGAGAGGCAGCUCGGUAUUUAGAGAAAGAGCCACAGGCUCUGAGGAAAGAGACCCUGGACCAGGACUGGGUAAAGGGUGCAUUAAUAUGGACCACAGAUAUAAGGAAGAUCAAUCUUGGACCAACUAUUUUUCUGGGAAGGUAGGGCGAGUAGGCCCAGACAUCAUGGGGGCAGAACUCAACAUUCCAGACCUGGACGUGAGAAGCAGGGGAUAGCGGUGGGAGAUGAGAGAGAAAUCCAGUUGGGUCUUGUGGAGUUGGGGAGCUCCAAAGUCAGGGGAUUACAGCUCAGCUGGACUGGCAUCUGAGGGUAUUGAGGGGUUGCAGAGGUGGGUGAGUGGGGCUGCCUGGGAGCUCCAGGUAGCCUAGACAUCCCGUCUCAAUACCUUAAACUCCAUUUCACUACUAGAGAAGCCCAGGAACCCUGGUAAGCACACAUUCUUGGUCCCUCCUACCUGCCUCUGGACUGACUGUUUAAGGCUUAGCUCUCCUGUUAGUUUAGACCUUUCCAGGUUAUGAGGAGGACCUGUUUAGGAGCUCAAAGAAGAAAAGGGUGAAAAGGGAGAGAGAUGCAGAGAGACAAAAGAGAAUGGGAUGAAAAUGGAGGCUUGAAGAUAUGAUCAGAGGGAGCAUACUAUCCUCCAAGUGGGCUGGGGACUUGUCAGGGCUCGGGGUAAAGGCAGAGAUGACAGAGCUCUUGGCAGCUGCAGAAACAGUGCCUGGGAGUAUAAGGGGUGGUGCUGGCUGGGACUAGUCCACCAAGGAGAUGAGACCAUGUGAAUGGGCAAGUGUAAGAGCCUGCAUUUAGGAUGGGGUGGUGAACUUGAGCACUGGACUGACUGGAAGCUCAGUGGCAGCUUAGGUGAGAAAUGCUUGGAUCUUGCAUUGGAUGCAGGCUCACUCUGUGCAUGGUGCCAGGCACAUACUGGAUGUUCAGUGACACCUGUUGAAUGGAGGAAUGAAUGUAAACCCACGAAGAGAUGUGACUUAUAGUUUAAAAAGUGGUUAAUUAGGUAGUAAUAGGUAAUUUAAAGUAUUAUUCCAUUUAAUUCUUAGCAACACUGUAAACAAUGCAUUAUUAACAGAUCAUAAGUGAACUACGGUAGGAACCUACGUCAGUCUGACUGCAGGGGCUUCCAGGAAGUCUUCUCUGAUUCCCCACUCCCCUCUCUCACAGACCUUACGCUUCUAGGAGAACAGGUUAUGCUGCCCAGCAGCAGGGCCACUGUACAUGUUUCCUAUUGCUGCUGUGACAAACUACCACAAACUUAACAGCUUAAAACAACACAAAUGUGUUAUCUUACAGUUCUGGAGGUCACAAGUCCGAAAUCAAUUUCAUUGGGUUAAGUUAAAAGUUAAGGUGUUGGCAGGCCUCUUCUGGAGAGCCUCUCCUGGAGACUCUAGGGAGCAAUCCAUUUAUUUGCCUUUUCUAGCUUCUGGAGGCUGUUUGCAUUCCUUGGCUCAUGGCCCCUUCCUCCAUCUUCAAAGCUAGCAGCAUAGUAUUUCUUCUCUCUGACCUCUGCUUCCAUUCUUACAUCUUUCUCUAAUUCUGUCUCCUCUUAGGAGGAUUACUUUGUGAUUACAUAUCCUUGUGCUUACAUUGGGCCCACUGGGAUAAUCCAGGAUCAUCUCCCCAUCUCAAGAUCCCUAAUUUAACCAUAUCUUCCAAGUCCUUUUUGCCAUAUAAAGUAAAAUAUUCUCAGAUUCUGGGGAUGAGGACUUGAACAUCUUUGGAGGAAGGACCACUAUUCAGCCUUCCACAAGCAGAGAUGGAGGGUGGGCAGGAGGAUGCAUCCACACCCAGAAGGAGCCUCUAUGCUUUGUCUAGCCUCCUUAGGCCUGGAGUGAGAGGUGGUGCCAAGGGGAGCUAGCCAGGCCCAGGCCCCAUGUCUGGAGAAUGGCAAGUGCCUCCUGCAUCUUCACUACCAAGGAGAGCUGAGAGUGAAGGUCAGACUCGGGAGAAAUUCUGUUUAGGGAACUUUUCAGGCCUGAGACGUCCCUGGUGAACAUGGUGGAGGGUUCUAACAGGCUCUGUCUUCAACACUGCCUCCUCUCCACGACCAUUCUGUGCUCCCCCUCAAGGCAGAAGAUAAUUACCAGCUAACUAGCCUGGGCUCUCUCUAGAAAGGGUAGAUUAGUUGUCUCUCUUUUAAAUUAUUAUCUUUUUAUUCCUUAAUAGUUAAACCAUGCUCCUCAGAGCGGGGUGAACUCUCAUCAUCUGUUGAUACUAAGUCUCUUUUUGUUUGAUCUUUUUUUAAUCCCUGAUCCCUAUCAUCAUUCCUCUCCCUGACCCAGGCAUACACGUUAAUGUGUUCAGUAUGUGUUUGGAUAUGUAUGUAUCUUUGAAAAUAUAAAUAAUUAUGUGCUUAUGUGUUUUAAUAUAUAUAAAUAGCAAGCCAACCUUUAUAAUGAAUUGCCCCAUAUUACAGUAAUUUAACACAAUAAAGAUUUAUUUUUCACUUACACUGGAGCACAGGUAUUCUUGGUUGCACGGCUCUCCUUCACUGCCCA